CUUAAUGUCAAAGUUAUGUCAAUUGCGUAUGAUGUUGGAAAGGAGUAUUUUAUUUUAAUAUUUCUAUUUUGUUGGCAUUGUAAUAAAAUAAUUUAAGGAUUAUUUUGCUUAUAUUGAUAGUAUUGUGUUGUUGAAUUAUUAAGGUUUAAGCAUCUAAAUACAAUUCUGUCGUGAAAAGCAAAAUGACUUCAGGGCCAUAUAACUAUUCUUACAUCUUUAAAUAUAUCAUUAUUGGUGAUAUGGGCGUAGGAAAGUCAUGUCUUUUGCAUCAGUUCACAGAAAAGAAAUUUAUGGCAGAUUGCCCCCAUACUAUUGGUGUGGAAUUUGGAACUAGAAUCAUAGAAGUGGCUGGACAAAAAAUUAAGCUUCAAAUAUGGGACACAGCUGGACAGGAAAGAUUUAGGGCUGUUACUCGGUCUUAUUAUAGAGGUGCAGCUGGUGCCCUUAUGGUUUACGACAUUACAAGAAGAUCUACAUACAAUCAUUUAAGUAGUUGGUUAACAGACACUCGCAAUUUGACUAAUCCUAGCACAGUGAUAUUUUUGAUUGGAAACAAAUCUGAUUUGGAUGGACAACGAGAUGUUACAUACGAAGAAGCCAAACAGUUUGCUGAUGAAAAUGGAUUAAUGUUUGUUGAAGCUAGUGCAAAGACUGGUCAAAAUGUUGAAGAAGCUUUCCUGGAGACAGCGAAAAAGAUAUAUCAGAGCAUACAGGAUGGACGUUUGGAUUUGAAUGCGGCGGAGUCAGGUGUUCAGCACAAGCCCGCGUCGCCGGGCCGCCCGCUGGCCGCGCCGCCCGCCUCGCGCGACAACUGCGCUUGCUAACCACUAACACAUUUUAACCUAUUACCAUAUUCUAAACUAUGUUGUAGUUGUUAACGAAUUGAUGUACAUGAUACCGACCACGAAAGUAAAACCUUAGCGGUAAUACAUUAUUAUAGGCGUUAAAGUAAAAGAAAAUAAUUAUAAAAAAAAAACAAAAAUUCAUAUCAUACUUUCAUUUUUACUCUACUUUUGCUACCAAAAAUAUAAUCCUAAGGGUAAUAAAAACGAUGUUUAUAACCGGCAUCACAUGUAUUAGAACUACGGUACUGUGUUGGCUGGAAAAAUUAACAAUCUCUAAUGAAUCAUUCUUAUCUUACGCUAUUUAUUUUUGAUAUCAAUUAAACAAAUGUUUAUUUGAUGACUGGUUAUUUCUUUAUGAACAACUAUUCACAAAAACGAAUUUCUCUUUAGUUUUCAUUCAUGCUUGCAAUACUAUGCUUAGUGAAAUUAUUUCUUUUAGUUAAUUUGUGUAUAAGUUUAGUAAAGUAUGAUUAUUUUAAUACAUAUACUUUUGUAUCAUUUUAUGUAACGAAAGUAUAUCAGUAAUAAGAUGAAAAGUAUUUAAUUUUUAUAAAUAAAUAAAAUUUAAUGAUCACAAUGAGGCAGCAUUCAUAUUGACCAACUUGGCAGUUGCGGUCUAUCAACAUUCCAUGUUAUAUUUCGAGGGUUAUGGAUAUAAAUUAAUAAGGUAAUUAGAAUUUAAUGAUAAAAAUGCAUUAUGCACCACCAUCAGUAAAAAAGUGAUAAAUAUACAAAGUUAGUUUAGACGUUUGAAAUUAAUUUAACUCAAAUUGUUUUGCAUAUUAUAGUGUUACUUACUUGGGCAAUGUGUUUAAAAAUAAUAUCUUUGCGUUGUCUUGAAUCGUAAAUGUAUCUAUGUUUCCAAACUAUAUUCGUUUUUUACUUGAUCUUGACAAUUUUCAAUGAUUAAAUAUAAUUUUAAAGGAAGAUGAUUAAAUAUUGUAUGAUUACUUGUUAAAGGGUUCAUAUUCUUAUAUUGUUUUAUGCAGUAUUGAAGUUGGUGGUUAAAUUAACUAGGAAUACAAGAUAAGGAGAAUGGCAUUUUAAUUAUGAUCAAUAUAAUAAAUUUAUGAGUCCUAUCUAGGGAAUGACAUUUUGUAAUGCUAAUUUUCCUGUCCAGGUGAAUAAAAAGAACUUUGUGCUGCAAUAAUAUUAUAUGUAACGUUUGUAUUUAACUGCACUAUCUUAAAAAUUAAAGACGUUUUAACGGAUUUUAAAUGCGAUAUAUUCAUUAUAUUAUUAUUAUUAUAUAAUGAAUAAAUCGCGUUUAAAAUCCUUAAUCUCCUAAGUAUAUCGGGAAAAUAAUUUACAUAAUGAAUAAAUCCCGUUUUUAUCCCGUAAGAAGUGCAUUGUUACAAACAAAAUCAUUCAUAUAUCUUUUUAUACGCGUGAACAGGAAUAUGUGUAGUCUGUAACUACUAUGUAAUACAUAAUAAUAUAAAUUAGAUAAUAGCGUGUCCUUGUUUUCUUGCGCAAUGUAAUCUUUUAAAUGCAUCUUACACCGUUGAACUACAACUGAUGUAAAGUAGGUAUUUAGCAAAUUAUGAAAUAUUGCAUUUGAGACUAUAAUUGCAUAUAUUUAAGGUAACAAGAUGCUUCUAACAGUAUCGAUUUUAUAACAUCAUAAAUCAAUCCAUAUUUUAUUAUAAAUUGAAGAAAUUCAAUUUUUAGCGGCCUAUUACAAGUUUGCCGUUAAAUUAGUUUUGGAGCAACAUUUACAUGCCUACAAUCAUGAUCUACUUAUUAAAACACAAACACUGUUUAGAACAACGGUUUAAGUUUAAAAUUGUUUGAUCACAUAAUAUUCAGUUUAUUUUUGCACCCGUUGUGUAUGUUUUCAUUUAUUAGGGAUUUUAUUAAUACAUAGAAUUUAUUUAUUGUAAUAUUUUAAUUUUAAUUAUAUCACAUUAAAGAUCUUAUUAUUA